AUGGCCUCGGAUAGGUCACCGCCCCAGAAGUCGCAGCAACACGUGAGUCCCGACUCUCCCUCUGGUGCUCCUGUUGCUGCCGGCCAACGACGCAUGCCCACCCCUGGUCAAUCUUCACGAACGGAAUCGGCCGACUCUCCCACCCCCCAAGGGGCCGCCACCGUGAAUGACCCGCCCACUCAACUCAUGGCCACCAGCGCAUCUCCUUCAGAGGCUGCUGGUACGGAGCCACCCAGCACCUCUGCUACUCCGGCUCCUUAUGGCACCCGUUCCAGAGGCCGUAAUGCUGCUCCCCGUCCUAACUACGCGGAGGAUCGCGACAUCGACAUGGAUCUAGAGGCCUCCCAACCCGCAAUCAAAUCUGGCAAGCGGACGAGUGGUGUCAACCCCAAUGCUAACAACACCCCGAAUGGCUCAAAACAAGAAGCCGAAAAGUCAACGCUGUCGUCUUCAAACGCGCGGAAAAAUCAAACGGCGGUGAAUGGUGCAAACGUCGCCUUCGCCGCCAAAGAUUCGAUUCCUGGCACUUCGUCCUUUUCUGCCAAGCCUGAGGAGACCGGCGGGUCGUCAACUUCGAGGAAACGAAAACAACCCGCCAGUUCGUCAAGUACCAACACCCCCAAUGGCAACGCAACCAAGAAGGUCUUCACAACAGCCCCGGGAGCUACCCAGGGACACGGUGAAUCUAACAUGGUCUCUUUCGAGAGUCGCGGCGCCUACUUGGAAGAUGGAAAAAUCACGGCUGACGAUGGCACCACAUUUGCGGUGAAUGACCAUGUUUAUCUCAUCUGCGAACCGCCGGGUGAACCGUAUUAUCUGGCGCGGAUUAUGGAGUUCAUCCCUUCCAGAAACGCGCCCUCCGGCCCGAUCGAGGCGCUGCGGGUGAAUUGGUAUUAUCGACCACGUGACAUUCAACGCAAGGUGGCCGAUACGAGGCUUGUAUUUGCGUCGAUGCACUCCGACACGUGCCCGCUUACCUCACUACGAGGGAAAUGCCACAUCGCGCAUUCGUCGGAGAUUGAAGACUCCGACGAAUAUCGGAAGAGCCGAGACUGCUUCUGGUAUGACAAGAUGUUCGACCGUUACAUCCAUCGGUAUUAUGAGGUAAUUCCCACCAAAAAGGUGAUUAACGUCCCUUCGAAUGUCAAGAAGGUUCUGGAUGAGCGCUGGCGGUUUGUUCUUGUGGAAAUUGGGAGAGGUAAGGAGUUAUGCAGUGCGGUCAAAACUUGCAAGCGGUGUAGCUUGUAUGCCGCGAGCAAUAACUCUGUGGACUGUGCCGUUUGCCACGAAACAUACCAUAUGUUAUGUGUACGACCCGUCCUGACCAAAAAACCGGCACGAGGAUUCGCGUGGGCCUGCGCCGCCUGUAGUCGAGCCCAAGAGCGCAAACUUGAGGCUCGACAUACUCCGGUUCUCGGCGAAACGCAGCCAGAGGUCGAGGAAGAAAUCGUCGAGGAGGAAGAAGAAGAACCACAUGUCGCAACCGAUACGGCCGGUAAUACCCCCGCACCCGUCGAGGAGCAGGCGACCCGACCAGCUACGGAAGAACAGAAGGCGCAAGCGCGGAUGUGGCCGUAUCGCUAUCUAGGCCACCAUUGCAACGUUGAAGAUGCUCUCGACUACGACGACCGAAUAUACCCUCGAGCGAGUUCCCGUUUAGGUGGACGACACCAGGCUCAAGUCACUGAGUGGCUUGGACGCCCCGUGAAAUACGUCAAGCCGGUAGACAUCAAAAAGAAGCUCCCCAAGGGCUCCAGCAAUCGGAAGGAUUCGAAACUCGCCAAGGAAGCACACGCCGCCCAAGAAGCCGCGAAGCAAGAAAGAGCCAAUCGACCGAAAUAUGUCCUAGAUGAGCCGAAGGGGUACGUACCAAGAGGCGAGGAUGAGCUGGUCACCGUCGACGGGAAGCAAGUUUACACCGCAGAACCGCUAUUCAAAAUGCCCACUCCGACCCAACUUUCUUUACGCGGCGAGGAAGACGCCCCCGGCGCAGAUCUGAACCCCACCGACCGCGAGCAGUUUAUCGAUCGAUACAUGGCCCGGGCAAAGGAAAUAGCGCCCGACCUGGAUGUGACACCAUACUCUACGAAUUUUCUGGACAAAGCCUUGGAACUACUGUACUCUAAUAGUUUCGACGCUGAUGUCGCCCUAGGCAAGUUGAAGCAGAUGAACAAGUACGAGGACCUCAAGGAACCGCAUCUGAGCCCGGAUGAGGUGAAGCUGUUCGAGCAGGGGGUCUCCAAGUUUGGGUCGGAGCUGCGUCAUGUGACCAAACAUGUCGGCACGGUGCCGCAUCGUCAGAUUGUUCGCUUUUAUUACAUGUGGAAAAGGACGAAUCGCGGUCGCCAAAUAUGGGGCACCUAUGAAGGUCGGCGGGGCAAGAAGGAAGCUAAGCGAAGCAGUGCUGCAAAGCUUGUUGACGACGUGGCAGACGACCACGACGACUCCGCAUAUGACAACGACAAAGCAACCGAGAAGAAACGCGGAUUUCAGUGCAAGUUCUGCUUGGAACGAACAUCACGCCAAUGGCGACGUGCCCCGGGAGUUCCGCCCGGCACCACGACGCCGAGCGAGCCGUCUUCUAGGCAACGCGACAAAGGCCCGCAGCUUACCGUGGCCCUCUGUCUGCGUUGCGCUCUGCUGUGGCGGAAAUACGGCAUCCAGUGGGAGAGCGUUGAUGAGGUCGCCAAACGCGUUAACCAAAGCGGCAACAAGUCGUGGCGCCGGCGCAUGGACGAAGAACUGCUGGUCCAACUUCUCCUCGGAACGGAAAUCCCAAUCAGCAUCAGUCCCGCGACCGCGGCUACGGCCGCCUCGAUUGGUGUCGUGGUGAACGCCAAUCCCCAGGUGCAGCAAGAGUCGACCAAGAAAAGGAGGCCCAUUAACGACAAGGAUAGUGGUGCCAACUCUACAGCCACUUCAGUCGAGCCCCCACCGAAGAAGAAACCAGCCCCCGAAAAGGCUCCGGAUCCGCCGCCCAUCCACCCGGAUCCUCCCAGGGCCAAAACGCUCCCUUGCGCCGUUUGCAACAAGAUGGAACCCAUGGGCGAUCAGCAUCUUUCCUGCCGAGACUGCCGUCUAACCGUCCACCGAAGAUGCUAUGGCGUCAGCCCGACUAGCAAUUGUGUCAAGUGGUUGUGCGAUAUGUGCUCGAACGAUCGGAGCCCGAAACUCUCGACUCGCUACGAAUGUGUCUUGUGUCCGGUGACCUGGACUGAACAUGAGCUGAUGGAGACCCCGAGAUCGACCCACAAGAAGAAGAGUGAACGAGACCGGGAGAAGGAGAGACUGGAAAAGGAAAUGGUGAGCGAGGCCAUCAAGCUGUAUCGACAAAGACAAGAAGCCGUGGGGAAACCGGUCGGUCCUCGAGAACCACUCAAAGCGACUACCGGCAGCAACUGGGUUCAUGUUACUUGCGCGGUCUGGACGCCGGAAAUCAAGUUUCGCGACGCGAAAAGUCUGGAAGUUGCAGAGGGAUUCGGACUCAUUCCCUCGGAACGGCAUCAAGAGGAGUGUAAGAUUUGCAACUCCACCCGGGGAGCAUGCGUGCCGUGCCAUUUCAACGGCUGCAAUGCUCGGUUCCACGUCGGCUGUGCGCACCAGGCGAACUAUCUUUUUGGGUUUCACGUGACACCCGUCAAAGGCUCGCGAAGAGAUUCCGUGAGUAGCGUCAAGCUUGGCGAGGAGACGGGAGUCAUCACGGCAGGGAUCUGGUGUCCUAACCACACCGUGACUUCCGUUGUCCACGAAAUCGGCGAGCCAACUGGGGAAGAUGGCGAAAACGCCCUCGCGCGGUUUUCUGAGAUCUACAAGCAAGCGGAUCUGAGCAAGACCGAGACUGAACGGAGGGCUGCCUCUGUGCAGCAAUAUCCUAGCGCGUCAUCGCAUGGAGGGACAUCCGUGAUAAGCCGCCGGUCGGCUUGUGCUGCCAAUGGUAUCUCCAAUCCCCAACCGAUUACUGUCAAGGACAAUCCGAAGAACACCGUUACAUCGCCCGAGGCUGCCCCGGACGAGAUGGACAUCGAUUCCGACAAUCGCCCCCCGGCCCGGAUCCUCGGCGGAGGAGAUACGACGAAGAAAUGUGCACGUUGCUCGACCGCGUACAGCCCCAGGUGGUGGCCCGUGGAUAAAUCACGGUUGGCGACCAUUGUUCAUCACGGUACGCCAUUGCUCAAUGGUGGAGGCUUGAAUGAACCUGCCGGACCCAGAUAUCCGAGUGCUGCAUCGGCGAGCCCACCGUACCUUCAUCGAACCCCCUCGCAGCCACCGCUCCCGAAGCUCAACGGGGAGUACAGCCUUGCCGAGCGAAAUACGACUAGUCUCGACGGACCUGGAGGCCCGCAAGGCCAGGCGUUGUACGAAUGCCAUAAAUGCCACCUCAAGAAAAUAGCGGCUCAGCCAUCUCCCGAGCCACGGCCGUCUCCGUACUCCGCUCAGCGUCCUGUCCUUCCGGCUCCUCGACUUGCCGAAUACCACGGCCACUCUUACGCGCCUCACGCGCAUCCUCCGCAGACGGGAGGAGUCCUUCCAAGGCCGAUCGCACCCCCGCAAAAUGGACACAACGGACCGGAAUGGUACGCGGGAUAUGAGCAACGACCGAGUGAUUACGGCGACAACAAGCUCCGAAACGGCAUCCCAAUUCCCAGUUACCGCGGAGGGCCUCCGGGACCGCCGCCGCCGCCGCCGACAGCACACCACAUGAAUGGAUAUGCGCCUUCGCCUUCCCACCACGCGCCUCCGCCUCACUACAGCGGAGCUCAUCCUGCCCACCCGCCUCCUCAGCCGUACCCACCCCAUCAAAGUCCCUACGGGCCCGUCGCCAUGUCCUCGCCUCAUCCCUCACACACGGCAGGGUCACGUGCGUACGCGCCAUCAGCCUCACCUCCGGACGUGCAAGCAACAAUGGUUCGACACUCGCCUCCGCAUUCGCUCAGUGCCCUGAAUGGCGGGCCGCCGGCACGUGUCUACUCGGUUGACCGCGUCUUGAAGGCGGCGACCCAGUCGCCGCCAGUUUCCCAGGCGCACGUCGAUCCCCGGGGACUCACCCCGGCCAAGUUGGAGGAGACGCCCGUCCUGGCACCGGCGGCCCUCACGAGCAGCAGUCGGCACACCAACGGCACCAACGGGUCGUCUGGUGCCAGCGCCAGCCCGUCGUUGAAGAACUUGCUCUCCUAA